AGAAAGAGGUGAAGCUUGCAGCUAAGCAAGCCAAAGUCGUAGUAAACAUGCCUGCGGGCGAGAAGAAGGUCAAGGCAGAGAAGAAGAAGAAGGAAGAGGAGGAUACUCCGUUCGUGAACACGACACCAAAGGGCGAGAAGAAAGAUGUUACCCAACCCAUGUCGGACAGUGGCUACGACCCCAUUGCUGUCGAGGCCGCUUGGUACGACUGGUGGGAAGCCCAAGGUUUCUUCAAGCCACAGCUCACGCCGAACGGCAAGGUCAAGCCUGAAGGCGGAUUUAUUGUACCCGCACCUCCACCGAACGUCACUGGAAGCCUGCACAUCGGCCAUGCGCUUACAACCGCCAUCCAAGAUGGUCUCGUGCGAUGGAACCGGAUGCUUGGGAAGACAGCACUAUUUGUUCCCGGAUUUGACCACGCUGGCAUCUCUACUCAGUCCGUGGUAGAAAACCGGCUGUGGAAGUCGUCCGGCAAGAGCAGGCAUGACUUGGGCAGAGAAGAGUUCCUUAAGACCGUCUGGGAGUGGAAGGAAGAUUAUCAAGGUCGUAUCACGAAUCAACUCAAACGUCUCGGAGGCAGCUAUGACUGGUCGCGUGUCGCAUUCACUAUGAACGAGAAUCUUUCAAAAGCCGUCGUGGAGACUUUCUGCAAGCUCCAUGAGGACGGUAUCCUCUAUCGCGCUAACCGUCUCGUCAACUGGUGCGUGCGCAUGAACACGACGCUCUCGAAUCUAGAAGUUGAGCAAAAACAGCUCACCGGUCGAACGCUGCUGAACGUGCCCGGCUAUGAUGCGAAAGAAAAGUUCGAGUUUGGUGUCAUCACGUCUUUCGCGUACCCAAUCGAGAACUCGGAUGAGAUAAUCAUUGUUGCGACCACUCGUCCGGAGACCAUGCUUGGUGAUACCGCCAUUGCUAUCCACCCGCAAGACCCGCGGUAUAAACACCUCCACGGCAAGUUCGCUGUCCACCCCUUCCUUGGCCGCCGGAUUCCCAUCAUAUGCGACGAUAUCGCUGUUGACAUGGAGUUUGGGACUGGUGCCGUGAAGAUCACGCCGGCACACGACCCGAACGAUUACGAAGUUGGUGUCCGCCACAAUCUGGAGUUCAUUAACAUCCUUAAUGAUGAUGGUACGUUCAACGACAAUGCAGGAGAGUAUAAGGGCAUGAAACGCUUCCACGCUCGUGUGGCCGUCGUCAAGGCUCUCCAGGAGCGAGGCUUGUAUAUUGAGCAGAAGGACAACCCUAUGCAAAUCCCAAUUUGCAGCAAGUCUGGCGACAUUAUCGAGCCGAUGCUCAAGCCCCAGUGGUGGGUUAACUGCAAGCCGCUCGCGGAAGAGGCUAUCAAGAGAACACGCGCCGGCGAGCUGCUCAUCCAACCAAAGUCGUCAGAGAAUGAGUGGUACCGCUGGCUCGAGGGAAUCCAGGACUGGUGUAUCUCGCGCCAGCUCUGGUGGGGCCACCGCUGCCCUGCGUACUUUGUGCGCCUCGAGGGCCAGAACCAAGACAGGAAUGACGGCAAGAACUGGGUCGUUGGCCGUACGCUCGAAGAAGCGACUGCUCGCGCCGAGAAGUUCGCGGGAGGCGCCAAGUUCACGCUCGAGCAGGACGAGGACGUGCUUGAUACCUGGUUCUCGUCCGGUCUUUGGCCGUGGUCGACCCUCGGCUGGCCGCAACAGACGUUCGACUUUGACACGUUCUAUCCUACGUCACUGCUCGAGACUGGCUGGGACAUCCUCUUUUUCUGGGUAGCGCGCAUGGUCAUGCUUGGCGUGCACCUUACGGGCCAGAUGCCGUUCAAGGAGGUAUACUGCCACGCGAUGAUUCGCGAUGCACACGGCCGCAAGAUGUCUAAAUCGCUUGGAAACGUCAUCGACCCGCUUGAUGUCAUUCAGGGUCUUGACCUCGAGACGCUUCACCAGAAGCUGUAUGAGGGCAAUCUAGACGAGAAGGAAAUCGCCAAGGCGAAAACCGGCCAGAAGAAGGACUUCCCGAAGGGUAUUCCCCAGUGUGGUACCGAUGCCUUGCGGUUCGCUCUGUGUGCAUACAGUGGUGGAGGGCGCGACAUCAACCUUGAGAUCUUGCGUGUGCACGGCUACCGCAAGUUCUGCAACAAGGUGUUCAACGCUACCAAGUUUGCCAUGCUCAAGCUAGAUGAUAAGUUUAUGCCACAUCCGACGGCAAAGCCUACGGGCAAGGAAAGUCUUGUCGAGCGCUGGAUCCUCAGCAAGCUCAAUAUCGCUGCCGAGGAGACGAACAAGCAGAUGGUCGAGCGUAACUUCAUGGCUGCGACAAACGCCGUGUACAACUUCUGGCUGUAUGAGCUUUGCGACAUUUACAUCGAAGCGAUGAAACCUAUGACAGACGAGUCUGCGUCGCCUGAGAUGCGAGAGUCCGCCCAGCAGACACUGUACACCUGCUUGGACCACGGUCUUCGUCUCUUGCACCCUUUCAUGCCCUUCGUCACCGAGGAGCUCUGGCAACGCCUGCCGCGCCGGCCAGACGACUCGACACCGUCGAUCAUGCUCGCUCAAUUCCCUCUCUUCGACAAGGACUACGCAUUCGACGGGAGCGACUUCGACCUCGUCUUCUCCGCGAUCAGGACCGGGCGUUCGCUCGCGGCUUCAUAUAACCUGCAGUCCGAUAUUCAGCUGUUCAUCCGCGUAUCGAACAACAAGGAGGCGCAGCUCUUUGAGUCACAGGCGCCGACAAUCGUUUCACUAACCAAGGGAUGCAAGAGUGCAAAGGUCGUUCGCGAGCUCGGGGACGUCCCCCCUGGUAGCGGUUCCGCUGUUCUCACACCCACCGUCGUCCUCUACUUGCUCGUCCGCGGACUGGUUGACCUGGACGCCGAGAUAGCCAAGUGCGAGAAGAAGCUGCACCUUGCACAGCUCAACCUAGACAAGAUUGUUAAGAUCGAGUCCCAGGCCGACUACGAGUCGACUGUCCCUGCAGAUGUCCGUCUCAUGAACGAGGACAAGAGGAAGACAUUCGAAACCGAGAUAGAUAAUUUGAAGACCUCUAUAGAGAUGUUCGAGAAGAUCAAGUAGAUGUGCUCUUGGCUGUCGUGCUUGUAUUAGACAGGCUUGUAACAUCACACGUCUCUUCAU